AUGAGCAGGCCUGAACAGUACUUAGACUAUGCACGCUUCAGCCAGAUCUCGCGAGACCGCUUCUCCGCGAUUCCCGCGGUAAAGCCGGCGCCGCCAUCUUUACUGAGGACAAACCCCCACCUACCCUUCCCGGGCGGUCUUGAGUUCGCUGAAUACAAACCAAAGUUCUCGCGGUCCGCGGAGAAGCCGGAACCAUUUCGGCACAGCACCGGAACGCACGUUUCCCACCCGAACGGGGAGCACCACUUCCGCCGCAGACCGGAAGCGGAGGGCGGGCGAGAGGACGCCGCUCGCGGAGGCAAGAUGUCGAGCCUGGCGGUGCGAGACCCCGCCAUGGAGCGCUCCCUGCUCUCGGAGGUGGGCUCGGUGGUGAGCUUCCGCCUGGUGUCCGACCGCGAGACGGGCAAGCCCAAGGGCUACGGCUUCUGCGAGUACCAGGACCAGGAGACGGCGCUGAGCGCCAUGCGCAAGCUCAACGGCCGCGAGUUCAGGGGGCGCGCCCUGCGCGUGGACAACGCGGCCAGCGAGAAGAACAAGGAGGAGCUCAAGAGCCUGGGCCCCGCCGCGCCCGUCCUCGACUCGCCCUACGGGGACCCCAUCGACCCCGAGGACGCCCCCGAGUCCAUCACGCGCGCCGUGGCCAGCCUCCCGCCCGAGCAUAUGUUCGAGCUCAUGAAGCAGAUGAAGCUCUGCGUGCAGAACAGCCACCAGGAGGCCCGCAACAUGCUGCUGCAGAACCCGCAGCUGGCCUACGCCCUGCUCCAGGCCCAGGUGGUGAUGCGCAUCGUGGACCCCGAGAUCGCCCUCAAGAUCCUGCUCCGCAAGGUCCACGUCACGCCUCUCAUCCCAGGCAAAAACCAGCCCGUCUCCGGGCCCGGACCCGGCCCUGGACCCGGACACGGCCCUGGCCCUGGCCCUGGGCCCAGUCUUGGGCUCUGUCAGGCUCCUGGGGUGCUGCUCAGUCAACCGAAUCCGUCUGCGCCUCAGCCCCAACAUCUGGCUCGAAGGCCUGUGAAGGAUAUUCUGCCUCUCAUGCAGACCCCCAUUCAAGGAGGCAUCCCCGCUCCCGGGCCCAUGCCAGCUGCCGUCCCCGGACCCGGGCCUGGACCUGGUCCCGGCGCUCUCACUCCUGGCAGGGCGAUGCAACCCCAAGUUGGAAUGCCAGGGGUGGUGGGGCCGGUGCCCCUGGAGCAUGGGCAAGUGCAAGUGCAGGUGCAGAUGGCGGAUCCCCGAGCCCCCAUGCCCCGUGGACCCAUGGCUGCCGGCGGCCUCCCACCUCGAGGACUGUUGGGAGAUGCGCCCAAUGACCCACGUGGAGGGACUUUGCUUUCCGUCACCGAAGAGGAGCCCCGAGUCUACUUGGGCCCCCCACAUCAGGGGCCCCCCAUGCGCCAUGCCUCUGGGCAUGACGGCCCCUCGGUGCAUGAGAUGAGAGGAGGCCCGAUGGCAGAUCCCAGGCUGCUCAUUGGGGAGCCCCGUGGGCCCAUGCUCCAUCAGAGAGGUCUACCAAUGGAUGGCACAGGUGGCAGAGAUACCAGAGGUCUGGAGGUGCCUGCUCUGGAGACUGAGGUGUUGGAGAGCCGCGUGAUGGAAGGGAGAGGAAUGGAGACCUGCGCCCUGGAGAACAGAGCCAUGGAAGCCAGAGCGAUGGAAGCACGAGCGAUGGAAGGCAGAGGAAUGGAGAUCAGGGGCCCUGUUCCCACUUCAAGAGACCCCAUGACUGGUGGAAUUCAGGGUCCUGGACCCAUUAGUAUGGGGGCAGGUCGUCCUCAGGGGCCCAGACAGGUCCCCAAUAUUGCUGCGGUGGGCAAUCCUGCAGCUGCCAUGCAAGGAGCUGUCCUGCAGGGCCCUGGCAUGCAGGGGGCAAGCAUCCAGGGAGCUGGUAUGCAGGGAGCAGGCUUACAGGGAGUUGGCAUGCAAGGAGGAGGCAUGCAGGGGGCUGGUAUGCAGGGAGCUGGUAAGCAAGGUGGAGGCCAGCCCAGCAGUUUUAGCCCCGGGCAGAGCCAGGUAACUCCACAGAAUCAAGAAAAGGCAGCUUUGAUCAUGCAGAUUCUACAACUUACCGCUGAUCAGAUUGCCAUACUGCCUCCAGAACAAAGGCAGAGUAUCCUGAUCUUAAAGGAGCAGAUCCAGAAGUCCACUGGGGCUUCUUGAAAGGGCUUAGAGAAUACUUGACAGUAGGCCCCAAAGUUUUUUCUGUAGUAUGGAAAAUGGGCGCAGAUAGCUAACUUGAAUGAUUAGUGGUAUUCCACAGUUCAAAACUUAAUCUCAUUUUUUUAAUUGGUUU